CAAUAGGCCUCAGAAUUGGCCCAUGAAAUUAGCCUCUUGUUUGAACUGGACCUUUAUAUUUGUGCUUUAGCCCAAUAGCACUCUUGACGUGGGCCGAUGGUCGGCCCAGUUCACCAUCUAGAAUAAAAUGCUGCCAUCUAUAUUUCCCGCCAAAAUUGGAUGAACGCUUUGUUGAGAUGAAAAUGUCCGGAGAUCAAGCGGAGUGAACGUAGGCAUGGAGCAAGCGUUUUCAGACUUCAACAUUGCUGGAGAUAUCUUGGAUUUGUACUUCCCCCGAACUGUCUUCACUGUCGAAAAUGGAUGGCUCAACCUCAUUUCUCAGCUCAGUUUCUUUUUUUCUUCUCCGGCAGGUCGACAUCUCUCUUCACAGGCUGUCGAUGAUGGUCGUGGUAUAUUUAUUUUGUCAAUUGACUUUCAACAAUUCCGGAAGAUUUGGGAUCAACAUGAUUUUUACAUAAUGUUAGAGGAAAAUCCUAAAGUUGCUCUCAAAUGUAUGAGUGCUGCAAUUCAUCAGGUAAUGAGGACCAAGUGGGUGCAUAAUUUAGAAGAUGUAGCAAAAAUUCUAGUCCGAUUGCACAACUAUUCAGAAUCUAUGCUUGCUUUGAAGAAUUUGAAGGCGGCAUAUAUUGACAAGCUUGUAUCAGUGCGUGGUACUGUUGUUAAAGUUAGCACUGUCAAACCCUUGGUGGUGCAAAUGAGCUUUGAUUGUGCAAAGUGCAAAAGCCAUAUCACACGCAGCUUUCCUGAUGGUAAGUUUUCACCUCCAUCGUUUUGUGAGUUGGAUGGGUGCAAAAGCAAAACAUUCAAUCCCAUUCGAUCGACGGCUGAAGCAAUCGACUUUCAAAAAAUACGAUUGCAAGAACUCACUAAACCUGAUGAUCAUGAAGAAGGCAGGGUGCCUCGAACUGUCGAAUGUGAACUGACUGAAGAUCUAGUUGACGCAUGCAUCCCUGGAGAUGUUGUCACUGUUACUGGAAUUAUAAGAGUAAUUAAUAAUUACAUGGAUAUUGGAGGAGGAAAAUCGAAGAGCAAGAACCAAGGAUUUUACUAUUUGUAUCUGGAGGCUGUUUCAAUAAAAAAUUCCAAGUCACAGUCUACACCUGAGGAUUUGCAAGAUUCUAACUCUAAUGCAAGAGCAACUGAGUUGCUUGAUUUAUUCUCAUUCUCCCCAAGAGAUUUAGAAUUUAUUGUGAAAUUCUCUGGGGAAUAUGGUUCGGAUGUCUUUCGUCAAAUACUGCAAUCCAUUUGUCCUUCCAUCUAUGGACAUGAACUUGUUAAAGCGGGAAUAACACUAGCACUGUUUGGUGGUGUGCGAAAGCAUUCAAAAGACCAGAAUAAAGUUCCUGUCAGAGGGGAUAUUCAUGUCAUAGUAGUUGGUGAUCCUGGACUUGGCAAAAGUCAACUACUGCAAGCUGCUGCAGCUAUUUCUCCACGUGGUAUAUAUGUUUGUGGUAAUGCAACAACCAAGGCCGGCCUAACUGUAGCUGUUGUGAGGGAUUCCAUGACAAAUGACUAUGCUUUUGAGGCUGGGGCUAUGGUACUUGCAGAUGGUGGAUUAUGUUGUAUAGAUGAGUUCGAUAAAAUGUCUGCAGAACAUCAGGCCCUUCUGGAAGCCAUGGAACAACAAUGUGUAUCAAUUGCAAAAGCCGGACUGGUAGCAAGUCUAUCAGCUCGCACUUCUAUUUUAGCUGCAGCUAACCCUGUUGGUGGUCAUUACAACCGGGCAAAAACUGUGAAUGAAAACUUGAAGAUGAGUGCCGCUCUUCUCUCGAGAUUUGACUUAGUUUUUAUAUUGCUUGAUAAACCUGACGAAUUUCUGGAUAAGAGAGUCUCGGAGCACAUCAUGUCGCUUCAUGCUGGAUGUGGGGAACGUGCCUCUGCAGCAAAAAGACUACGUAAAGAUAUAUCUCCUUUGGCUUUAAAGAAUGUAGCAAUGGAGAAUGAUGGAAAAGUAGAUGCUGGUUCAAAACGCGAGUCUUUAGUUUCAAGACUGAGAUUGGACAAAGCAAAAGAUGGAGAUUUUGUACCAUUACCUGGCCAACUUCUUCGCAAAUAUAUAGCCUAUGCAAGAACUUUUGUGUUCCCCAGGAUGUCAAAGCCCGCAGCAGACAUCUUGCAGAGAUUUUACUUACAACUGCGUGACCAGAAUACAUCAGCGGAUGGUACACCGAUAACAGCAAGGCAACUGGAAAGUUUGGUGAGGCUGGCAGAAGCUCGAGCACGAGUAGACCUCAGGGAAGAAAUUACAGUAGAAGAUGCAAUGGAUGUGGUUGAAAUAAUGAAGGAAUCCCUGUACGAUAAGUAUGUAGAUGAGCAUGGGGUCCUGGAUUUUGGUCGAAGUGGGGGAAUGAGUCAACAGAAAGAAGCCAAACGAUUUCUGGGUGCACUCAACAAGCAAUCUGAGUUGCAGCAGAAAGACUGUUUUUCUAUCUCGGAAAUAUAUAGCUUGGCAGAUAAGAUUGGUCUACGAGUACCUGACAUCGAUACCUUCAUAGAAAAUCUCAAUAGUGUUGGAUAUCUGCUUAAGAAGGGGCCAAAGACAUACCAGGUGCUGUCCUCAUCGUACACCAGUCAAUCAACAAGGUCAAGAGGGUAAAACUGGGCGACAUUGAAGGUUAAACUUUCUUUGACUCUAUUUUUUCUCCUGCAAUGUCUCCAGGCUAGAGAUGGCUCUUCCACUAUGCCAAACAUGUAUUAUUCGUUGAAGCCGAAAUAAUUGCAUAGUAUAGUCCAAUGAAUGAAAUUGUUAAAUGAUACCAAAAGCCAAAAGGAAGCCGUUUGUUCAUAAUUAUCAAUUUAACCAGAAUGGCAUUUUCGUGCA